AUGGGCCAUGCAUACAAGGUGCUUGGUGAAAUGUCAAAUAAUGGGAUACUGCCUGAUUCUCACACUUUCACUUAUAUAUUAUCUAUUCUUGCAGCUCAUUUCAUGGAUACUUCAGACACGGAGUCUGAUGGCGGGCUUCAAGAGUAUUCAGAUUCCCACAGCGAACAGCAGAAAGCGGGGGGUAAGACAAGAUUACCAAAGCUUUUAAGGGAUACUAAUGGUGAAAGGCGGACUGUUACUUAUGAUGAAGCCAACCAAGCAACCGGUAAAAAUGGUUGCUUGCUCUCAAGUUACAUAGGCAGCGAAGUUGGUCCAAGUCUUGGACUGAAGUAUACCUGUUGGAAAGAAGUUCCACCUGUAGUGAAGAAAAAGUUAUGGGAGGACGUAACGUUUAAGUUUGAUCUCGACGAAUCAAAGAGGAAAGAUGUAUUGAGACAAUUUUCUGACUUGUGGCGAGGAUGGAGGAAACGAACUGCUGCAAAGCAUGUUACCCCAUUCGAAAAAAGCCGAAAAAAGCUUAAGAAUGUUCCUUCAGAUUUAAGAGGUUUUGUAGAACAAGAAGAAUGGAAAGAGUUUGUAAAACGGAGAUUGAGCGACAAAGGCAAGGAGUUGUCUGAAAUUGGCAGAACGGUACAAGCUCACCACAAAUAUCCGCAUAGGAUGGGACGAAGGACCUAUGCUGGAUUAAAGGACAAACUGAAAAGAGAAGGAAAGUGGACAAGUGAUUCACCCCCUCCACGAGAAUUAUUAUGGAUACUUGCACGCCAAAAUGAAAAUGGGGAGUAUAAGACUGAUGAGAUUGGUGAAGUUGCUGCUCAAAUUGAUGACUGCUCGAAAAAGAUCAAAGAGGGUACAAUUGUCUGUGAAGGUAAGACAGAUGCCCUUGUAAAGAUUUUGGGUGAAGAACAUGGUGGAAGAGUAAGGGCUGCAGGUACAAGAGUGACCCAUAGUCAGUAUUUUGACACUCCUCGACAACGUGGAUCAUCAAAUAAAGAUAAUCUGAAUAAAAUCAGAGAACUGGAAGAGCAACUAAGAGUGAAAGAUGUGCAAGCAAGAAUAAGUGAAGAGAACUUGAGAAAAGAAUUCCAACAACAAUUGGAGGAACAGUCACUAGACACAGAGAGAAAAUUGCAGAAACAAUUCCUUCAGUUCAAAGAAUUAUUGGGCAAAUCCCAAUAUGAUACGAUUCAGCCACCUAUGAUGUCCUCAGAAAAUGUCCCUGCCUUAGGUGCUGAGGAUAAGGACUUAGCUGAAACUUGGGGGGAAGCUGUUCACGAUCCGAAAGGAAAGGCCCAAAAUAUUCGGAGACAUAAUGGGGCCAAAAGCUCUAAACUGGAUGCUAGAAAGACGUCUCAAGAAUUGAACAGUACAUCUAUCCCGGCCUCUCUUAAAGCGCCAAUCCUGUGCCCAAUGGUUGCACAGCCACCAACAGGACCACCUCAUCCGCCUUCUAACAGGGGUUGUUGUGCGCUGGGACAUGUUAUUCACAGCGACUCAAAAAUGAUUCAUGGAAAAAAAAUGUGUGAUGAUUGUUUGCGUGUGUCGGUGGAUUUUGUGGAGAUAAAAACUGCAAUACUUCCAUAUCCAUCUGGUGAUAUUGUUACUGUGUAUGAUGCCCGUGAAAGUGUUGUUCAAUGGCCAAAACACUUGGUGGUCCUUGUCGGAAAUGGGCGAACGAGAUUGGAUGCAUUUGAUGAAUUUGUUAAGAGAGCAAAAGAAGUGUUCAGAAGCAGGGCUGCGAUCAAAGUUGAGUUGCAUCGCGAUGUGUUUGGUCAAACUGUAGAUGUGCCUAUACAUAUGGCACUAGAAGAUAUUGAGUUUGUUUGCACGUCUCAGAAACUUACGAACAAUGCUAUAGUCUUAUUCAUCCGAUUUUUGUAUGAAAAAUUGGAUGGCGAUGCACGCAAAACCAAGUUCGGAUUUAUGAAUCCAGCGGCAGUUCACUUUUCAGUCAAUAAAACAGAACUCGUGAAAAGUGUAUUAAAUAGACUGAAAGAUUCAGUGCCGAGUCGAAAAUACAUAUUUAUUCCUUGUAAUACAGGAAUUCAUUGGGUACUAAUUGUAUUUUUCGAUGGGAUAUUUUAUUACUUAAAUUCGUUGGAUGAGAAGUGUAGAUACAAACUAGAGGAGCAAAUGAGCACUGUUUCAAAAGCUUUAAGAAAAUUAGGUGUCAAGCGAUCUGAAGAGAAAGUAUUCUGGGUGGACGUGAAGCACAACCCUAAACAAAAAGGAGAUUGGGAGUGUGGAUUUUUUGUGAUGCUAUAUAUGAAGCACAUUAUAGAAAGUUAUGACACUUCAAUGAGGAACCCUAAGGAGAUGUUUAAGUCGGGGAUGAACUAUGGUGCGACAGAAAUUGAUGAAAUCAAAAGGGAGUGGAUGGAUUAUAUUUCACCAAUUCUUGAGAAAAAAGGGAAAGAAAGAAAACAGGAUGACUGCUCGAAAAAGAUCAAAGAGGGUACAAUUGUCUGUGAAGCUAAUACAGAUGCCCUUGUAAAUAUUUUGGGUGCAGAACGUCCUGGAGAGUAA